AGACUUAAAAAGUUUUUGCGCGGCGCCGAUCAUGAGUAGUUACCACCGAGCGAGCCGGUGUCACCACAUGCAUGAUGCCAGGUCAUAGUUACCGUCUGCUCCCAAGUGCUCAACAAGCUGUAGCUUUGUGGUUGGUUCUGCUGGUCUACAUGAGUAGGGCUGCUGCAUGUCGCAGUGAAGCAAACUCUGUUUUACUGAAGAGCAUUAUGCUUGCUGAUCUAAUGAGGAAGGACGCUGGGGAACUCCGCAGAACGUAUAUCAGACGCCAUGGGGAUUUCACGAAGUCAUUCUGCCAGAUGCCAGUGGAUAACGCCCCAGAUCCUGAGAUUACUGGUUUUGAACCUGCAGAGAAACUUCAAAGUAUAUACACCAAACUCAAGCUGUUCCAAGAACACCUGGCUGCGGUCCGAGAGCAGCAGACACAGCUUCAGGACCCCUCCAACUCACUGCUCAGCAAGCUGAGGAGUGCUGGUGAACGCUUGGGCGACCUGGCAGGGAACGUCAAGACAGCCCUGCAGUGUCUGAAGCCCAACGAGCUCAUCACGGUGAGCUCCAUAAGCGACUCACCAAGGAAUACCUUCCAGCAGAAAAUGUAUGGCUGUGUGGUUCUGACAAGGCACAAGGAAUUCCUGUCUCGAGUUCAUCAUGAGCUAAAGAACCUCAGGAACAAAGUUGGACGAUGAACUGUCAGGUUCUCAAAUAGCUCCAGGGGACAUUUUUGGGUUCCGUUAUAAUAUGCCUAUAGACCAAAGAAAAAAGAUGUUGUACAUUUUUGUAUACAUAUUUAUUUUAUUUAAUUCUUAAUUUAUUAAUGUGGUCUGAAGCUACUGUUCACUAAAGACUAUUCCAAUGAUCUGCAGGGUGUCAUUAAAGGUGCAACUUCCUUUCAUUUAUAAAA